CACAAACCGUGGACCUCCCUCUAUUCUGCUUCAUCAUCAUCAAUCUUGAAGGCCGGAUCUCCUUGGGUUCUGCCUUGUGCCCCGUUACAUCCUCUAGACAACGGUCUACGAUAGUCGAAGCGCCUCCCCCCGGAAGGCCUCCGCAACAACAGGCGUCAUGGCCGACGUACGGUCCAAGACCCGCUCCUCCCCCACGAGGGCUGUCGACCGCACCGCUGACCGCUCCGGCAAGCGUGAUACCCCCAAGGAGCCCGCCGCUCGUCACAAUGAGGCCAACGCUCGCCGCGGUGGUCGUGUGACCGCUGGCAACGAGGCCGCUUUCCGUGACCGCAACGCCGGCCGCAACAACAACCGCGAGAAGCCCACUGACGAGGCUGCUCAGCCCGCUCGCCGCCGUGGCGGUGGUGGCCGCGGUGACCGCCAGUCCCGCACUGGCCAGACUGACACCCGCAAGCAGGUCCAGCAGGGCUGGGGUGCCGAGAGCGGCGAGAAGACCUGGGACGACGAGCGCCAGGGAGAGAAGAUCGCUAAGAACGAGGAGGCCGAGCCCCAGACUCCCGCUGACGAGGAAGCUAAGGAGGAGCCCGAUAACUCCAAGUCCUUCGCCGACUACCUGGCCGAGAAGGCCCAGAAGGAGACCCUCGCCGCCAAGCCCGUUCGCGCCGCCAACGAGGGCAGCAAGCUCGAUAAGAAGUGGGCCGAGGCCAAGGAGCUCGCCAAGGAUGACGAGGAGUCCUACAUCGCCGGCUCCGGCGAGAAGACUAAGCGCGAGAAGCAGCGCAAGGAGAAGAACUUCCUCGACGUUGACCUGCGCUACGUCGAGCCUCCCCGCAGCGGCCCUGCCCCCCGCGGUGGCCGUGGCGGCCGUGGUGACCGUGGUGACCGCCCUGCCCGUGGUGGUGAGCGUGGUGCCCGUGGCGGCGACCGCGCCCCCCGUGGUGACCGUCCUCCCCGUGGUGCUCCCCGUGGCGGUGCCCCCGCUGCCCGUGGUGGUGCUCCCCGCGGCGCUGCCCGCGGCCCCGCCGGCCCUACCGUCGACGAGAAGAACUUCCCCAGCCUCGGCGGCAACUAAAUCGCCUGAAUCUCGGGAUAUGCUCCACGACCGGUAUAAGAAUUCGUUUUUGACACCCGGAUCUCCUGUCCCUCUCUCCGUCUGUUGAGUGUGCUUCUUUUGUGUGUCCUAGGGAAGAGAAUCAUGUUUUUUUCUUCUUUCCCAUGUGUGAGUUGAGGGGGAGGACGUGGUGGC